AGGAGGAGGACAAGGAGGACAACAACAACACGGCCACGAAAAAGACGGGCAUGGCGGAGGUUGACAAGGCGCUCGCUGGACCGGCCGUCCUCCUCUCCCAAUUGAGAGCGAAUUUGAUGGCGGCGAUCUACGCGAACGAGGACAAGUACAGCCAAGCCAGUAUAAGCCAUACGUGCAUAGAGAUGGAGGAUAUCAAUAAAAUACAGUCGGCCACUAGUACAGUCUGUAUGCAGAGAGCGUGGAGAGUAAAGAACGUAAACGAAGAGGACCAGCUGGAUUCGCAAUGUUGUUGGACUGGCAGAACAGUUCGUGCCUCAUCCAGAGUUGAGGGUGCAUGGAAGGAACAGCUACCGGGCGGCACUCGCCGGAAUCGAGGAUCGAGGACUUGAACUGGCAACACGCGUUCGUUCCCUCGUUUCGUUUUGUUCGGCUUCUUCUUCUCGCUGUUCACAACGCAUGAGGAGAGGAGGGAGUCCUAGCCGUCCUAGCAGACGCGAACAACACAGCGACACAGCGAGUGGAGAGAGAAAGAGACAGAGAGAGACAGAGCGAGAGAGAGAGAGAGGAGAACACCGAACUCCGAACCGAACUCCGAAGAAGAAGAAGAAGACGAAGAAGUGGUAAAAUAUCAUCAGUCUUUGUGUGAACCUUGUUUCAGUAGGGAAGGUAGAGACGAGACAUUCAGACACAGAAAAGGCUCAAGAAGAAGUCGUCGUCAAUUUCAUCCUCAUCAUCUGAAGAAGUGAACAACUGCUGGCCGAGAUUCGAGAGCUCAGCCCCGGCAGUAAAAAAGAGUGACCGAUAUCCAACUGCUCUUACAUCGUUCGUGCUCAUCUCAGUGUUGGGUUGUUUGGCGCCAUUUCCAACAUUGGCGUUCACCCCUCAGUAGUUACCUGGCUGUUUUUCCACCGCGCAUACCCUUGAGAGGUGGAUGGUCCUCGAGAUUCGGCUUCUCAUUCGGUGAGCGAGUCAGGAGGUCAGAAAAAUCAUGAAAUCAUGAAUCAGAUGAGGAUUUGACAUCCCCGAAGAAGGCACCGGCUUUGGUUCCAACGUUCCAAACCACACACAUGCUACAAUAAGAACAACUAGAACAACUGGAACAACCUCACUCACACCCUACAGUCAUCGUUCUAUUGUGUCUCACCUUACUCAAACAUUGCCAAAGAUUCUUGUGUUAGCUGUUGAAGAAAACUCCCCAAGUCUAAAAUUAUCGCCACUGUUAUUUGCUUUGAAUCUUUGAGAUCUGUUCAUUUAUUGACGCCACCCGAGCUCUUCAGUGCCUACUCAGUGGUCAGUCACAUAUUGAUCUAUAUCCAUAGUCCUCUAUUGACUCUUCGAGACAUUAUUGCCCAUUUGUGCUACCAAUUGUGUGAAUAGAACGAUUAACGGCUUGAAGGUAUCGGCAAUUCACCCAGUCCAAACACAUUUUCCAUCCGUGAGUGCCAGUGAUUGACCUGUCAAGGACCAUCGCCAACCGAUUGUCGUGGAAGAUUUGACCUAAAAGCAAAGGUGUGAUCAGAACCCGCGCCAAUUUCAUGGAGCAACUCUAACAAAGGUUCUGUACGAAACUAUUCCCAGAAUACCUUGCAAAGUGCGCUCAGCACUUUCCUCAUAUUGGCAUCAUUGAAGUCCAGGGUCAGUUCCAGGCUGGCUUCUCAUCAUCAACCACAACAACAGCCGCAUCAGCCUCAUUGGUGCCCGCCGUUCAAUACUCUGUUCCCAGACCGGUGAUCCUCGCCGUUAACGAUUUUUCUGUGCCCCACCCCUUGGGCCUGAGAGGCAUGGUCAGACAGAAGUCUGGUGAGAUGGCCUCUCCCACUCCUUCCAUCGACAGCCUCAAUGGUGCCGGCGUAGGUUCACUCUGCGGGGACCAGGUCAAUGAUCACAGUAGCGUGGAGUCCGGUUUGGGGGGUAACAGUACCAGUAGCCAUGUCUAUGGGGGCUCGAGCACUGGGCCCUCGUCCAUGGCCGAACAUAUGGGUUCAUCCACGUCUUCGGCGGCCUCGCCGUCGUCAUCCGGAUUAGGAUCUUCACCAUUGGGACAACCUUCAGUGUUUGCCUCGGGCACUUUGUCAGUGUCUGCCAGCAGUUCUUCCUCCUCGAAGUGCUUGGUCUGUCAUGGAUCUCUGUCUCAACCGAAAGUACUGUUGUGCCUGCAUACAUUCUGCCAAUCGUGCCUGGAACGAAUUCAAGAUCACCCCGAGAAGAUCAGUUGUCCAUCGUGCCACGCUGAUACGCCCUUGCGUAAUGGAGGGGUGGCUGGUCUCUUGUCAGAUUUUGGCGUUCCAGCACUCACUGACGGGGGAAGUUUCAUCUCCUUGGGAAAUAAUUUCAUGCCAACUUUUGAUGGUCAUCUGGUUUCGAUGACGGAACCCUCUGUGAACACUCAUAGUUCUUUGGUCCUUCACCAAGCGCAGCAGCAACAACAACAACAACAACAGCAGCAGCAGCAGCAACAACAACAACAUUGUCUCUCGGCCCAACAGCAACAACACCAACACCAACCGAACAAUCCUGACCUCCAUGAGCUCGAGGCCAUCCACCAGCUCGUCCAAGAAGGCAAAGCUAAGGCCAGUGAGAUCUGCUCGAAUCUCAAGAAUACGGAGGGUGCCUCGCAAAGGCUAGGAAAUCAUUUCGUCAAGACUCAAAAGGAAAUCAAUGAGGCAUUUCAAUACUACGCCAAUGCUAUGGAGGAGCGCAAAGCCGAGAUCCUUCGAGACCUGGAGGCCGUCCAUUCGAGUCGUCAAGCCGGAGUGGCUCUCUACACCGAGAAGUCGCAAGAGACCGUAGAGAAAAUCUAUCAGCUGAACGACUUCAUCGAACGCUUGGUGAAGCACGCCUCCAGCGGUGAGGUCCUCUUGUUCAAACGACCCAUCGAGCAAAAGUUCGCGGCCAUCCUUGCCCCAUUGUCCAAAUAUGAUAGCAAUUUGGACCACUUGAUCGACUUCGAAUUUGCCUCCAACCCCAACGCCGUUCCAUCGGCCAUCAAGAACACCUUUGGAUUCAUUCGCAUCCGAAGCGAGUCAUCGGGCGAGUUGCCCAACAACCGCAUGCUGAGCAACCUCGGCAAACAGCCGCCCAUCUCGCGCCCCGUGUCUCAAGCUCCAGGGCAUGGAUCACCUUCAUCUUCGUCCUCGUCAUCCUCGUCGUCAUCUGGCUCGCACCACACGCUGGGAUUGUCGCCUCUCCUCGGCAAUGUGAGCGGUGCUGGCAACGUUCUCUCCAACGGGUUGGCUCAAGGCAUCGCCACUUUGGCUGCAGCCUCCUCCAACAACAAUGCCACGAACCUUAUCAAUGGAAUGCAUCUGAAUGGAAACAGCUUGAAGAACCUCUUGGAGAGACAACAACAGCAGAUCCCAGCCUCGGUUUCGGCAACCGCUGGCGGUUAUCCGUACGCGAACUCCAACGGAGGAGUUAAUUCUGGCGCUUCCAGCUGCUCCUCGCUGCUGGAUACGGACUCGUUGUUGGCCAAGCGGUUCAACCGAGCUAUGGGACCACUUGUUAGCGGUAAUUCCUCGCUGAGCGACCUCUCCAAUGGAUUGGGAGGCCACUCGAACAACCCAUACGAGAAGUGGUCCAAUGGUUCAGACAACCUCCUCUUCAACGGCUCGGUUUGCUCCAACGACUCCCAAACGGCGACUCAUUACGCAGCCUUGUCUAGUGCUGUGGCGGCCGCGGCUGCCGCGGCCGGUUCCUCCUCUUUGGGAGGCGGAGCACCCGGAGGCCCUUCCAAUGAUCAUUUCAUGGACCUCACCUCCAAGAUCAUGGGCUCGCCCCAUGCCAACACCUCGCUCUUUCCCCCCAAAUCUCAGAUCAAGCGACAAAAGAUGAUCUACCAUUGCAAAUUCGGCGAAUUCGGUGUGCUUGAAGGCCAAUUUACGGAGCCGAGUGGCGUGGCCGUGAAUGCCCAGAACGAUAUCAUCGUGGCUGACACGAACAACCACCGCAUCCAGAUCUUUGACAAGGAGGGUCGUUUCAAGUUCCAGUUCGGCGAGUGCGGCAAACGGGACGGCCAGUUGCUGUACCCGAACCGUGUUGCCGUGGUGCGUCAGUCCGGCGACAUCAUCGUGACGGAGCGAUCUCCAACACACCAGGUGCAGAUCUAUAACCAAUAUGGGCAAUUCGUUCGGAAGUUUGGCGCCAAUAUCUUGCAACAUCCCCGGGGAGUCUGUGUGGACCACAAGGGUCGCAUUAUCGUGGUCGAGUGCAAAGUGAUGCGCGUGAUCAUCUUUGACCAAAUGGGCAAUGUCCUGAGCAAAUUUGGCUGCUCAAAACACUUGGAAUUUCCCAAUGGUGUCGUGGUCAACGACCGUCAAGAGAUCUUUAUCUCUGACAACCGGGCCCACUGCGUGAAGGUCUUCAACUACGAGGGCACCUAUCUGAGGCAAAUUGGAGGAGAAGGCAUCACCAACUAUCCGAUUGGCGUGGGGAUUAACGCCGCUGGCGAAGUGACCAUCGCAGAUAACCAUAACAAUUUCAAUCUGUCCGUGUUUAGCCAAGAUGGCCAGCUCCUUUCUGCUCUGGAGAGCAAGGUGAAGCACGCCCAGUGUUUCGACGUGUCCCUCAUGGACGAUGGGUCGGUGGUGUUGGCCUCGAAGGAUUACCGCCUCUACAUCUAUCGCUACGUUCAAGUGCCACCCUGUGCCAUGUAGUCGGGAUCGCCCCUCCCCGUGAUUCCCUUACCAACACAAGGCUAUUCGCAUUUUAUUACGACUAAUUAUUAUUAUCACUAUUAUUAUCAUCAUUAUUACUAUUAUUGCUGUCACCAUCAUCAUCAUUAUUAUUAACUCUCCACAUUCUUAUUACCACGGCUCUUGGCAUUCAUUACUCACUCACACUGUUACUCACUCUGCCAAGGAUUUGUGUUUACCAAUCGUCCCCCCAAGCGCCCCCAUCACUAUCCGGACCAUGAUCAAUGCCCGCCCAAUCUUGGAACUUUGGAACGUUCUCCAUGCUGUGUGUGCGGUCAACUUAGAUAUGUGGCCCACCUGCAUAACCAACUACCCAUUUACCCACUGACUUUUCCAAUCAACACCAUCGAGCUUCUCGAGCAGCACCCUUCUGGCCAUUCCCCAUUUGAGCCGUCAGCCAACGACAGUGCCUCUGCCUUGGGCGGCUUACUUCGAUGGUCCCUGAACGAAACCCAAGGCAUCAGUGUCACCCUCCAAUGCACCGUUCAAGUAAACGACCCCGUCCCAGUUCCCCCUGGGCCCGUGUGUUUCUCAACCUCAAUCAUUUCCAUAAUCGUAGUGGUAAGAGCCAUCCCGGUAUCCCCAGGAAACGAAAGUGAAAGCAAACCCAAGUGGUGUUGGUGAUGUUGCUGUUAUUGUUGUCCCAUCCAGCGAAAGAAGUGCACCACUCAUCCAGUAUUAGUGAGGAGGAGCAUAUGGAAUCAUCAUUGUUUCAUUUUUUCUUAUGAUUGGGACAUCCAUCCUUCUUUGUGCUUAGUCCUCCCAUUAGCCACGACUGCUCCCCCCUGAUCAUGUGGUGUCUCCUUUUUACUAGUGCUUCUGCUGUAUCGUUUUAUUAUCUGAAUUGAUCGUGUUUGUGUUGACGAUCUGUUGAUUCACUGGCCUCGCCCCCGCCAAGCCAAACGGUAUGCAUUCAUUCAUUGAUUCAUUGAUUCACUCACUUACUCAUUGUCCCAUUCGACUAAGACGCCGACAACGACGACGACCAUCAUCCACUCAGCCAACCUCGACUUCAAGGCAUUUAUCUUUUUCUAGAAAGCAAACGAGGCCAACUCUUUUGGGUGUGAACACUUGAAUUCUCACUAACGCUACCCCAGUUCUGUUGGUAACUAAUCAAUCAUGUUUUUAGAUCAGAGAAACCUCCCCGCCUAUCCAAUCCAUCUCCAUUGUCCUCUGUUCAUCAUCUGCUAUGUUGUGUUUGUCUGUUCAUUAAGUUUGUUCGCCCAGACCCGAUCUAGCAUCGCUCUCAGUUUGUCACGUGUGCCAUCCAUCAUCAUGAACAUGAUUUGGUUUUGUAUUUCAAUGAAAUCCUGCUUUUAGUUUUCUAGUUCGAGUUUACACCUAAUCAUUUUUUGUGUCUUCUUUAUGUCCUUCUCCCUCCACUUUAAUUGGGUACCGUAUUAUCGUAUGCUUCCCAUGUUACAAGAUCGUCUCGAUUGAACUUAUCGCUCUUGACGAUCGAUUUUGGAGUUACUGGAUUGUAAGCGAAUCGUGCAUGCAUGCAUACCUUCCCUUCAUGUUUUGACCGAUUGAUUCCAAUUCUCACGUUUAUUAUUUGUCUCUGUCGUAGUACUCUCUUUUUUUGUCAUUUUUUUGGUCCUAAUCAUUCUGAAUAAUCCAGUGUUUAACUCCUCACCGUUGGCAUUCUUUAUUGACUCUGCAACAUUAGCGAUUAUUACCAUUACUUCUCCGUUUUUUACUCAACAUCUCGAUCAAUGCUUUUUUGCAUAAGACUUUUAGUUUUGUUACUAACGACUAACCACCUACAUCAUCAUUAUUAAAAUUCCCAUUAUUGCUCCUUAUUAUUACCUUUAUUACUAUUACGACGCUUACUCUGAUUAUGGCAGUGUUGCGGUUUUUUUUCUUUCUUUCCAAUCCGGACAUUUGAGUUUCCCCACGUUCAGGAAGAAUAAAUCACCUAACUUAUUUUUUA